AUGCCUCUAAAGCUUGAAGAAGUGCGGGAUGAGCAAGAUUUUGACCAAAUCUCGCCAAUGCUCUAUGCUGCCUUUGGCCAGCCUUACAACUCACUGCGACGAUGGUUCAUGCCAGUCCAUACCACCGUCGAGGCCGCCAUUGAAGCCUCAAAGCAGCGUGCAAUCAAGAACUGGAAGGCCCACGAGAACCUGCACUGGGUGAAAGUCACAGAUCCAGAAUCCGGCCAAAUCAUCGGCGCAGCUGAAUGGGAGAUACGCGAGCAGGUAGACAACACCAACGAGCCGCAGCAGCCAAUCAACGCUCGCUGGCACAUCGAAGGGUCAGAGGAGAAGGAGUUCACUGGUAAACUCCUCACGAGCCUCAAAGGCUUCAUGAAGGAGAGAAUGACACGUCCUCACCUCGAGCUGGAGCAGCUGGUGGUACACCCAGACCACCGCAACCAAGGUGCCGGCCGGAUGUUGACUGAAUGGGGCAUCCAGAAAGGAGAUGAGCUUGGGCUAGAGUCAUGUGUCGAGGCGGUUCUGUCUGCCGUGCCCAUUUACGAGAAGCUCGGCUAUGGCAAUGUCGACGGUCUUGACCCAGACGUUUCCGUUGCCAAUCCUAGCAAAAAAUGGCAAGAAUAUGCAGCCGAUGACCUGCGAGUUGCCUUGAUGUGGCGGCCGGCUUGUCACAACUACCGUGAAGGAACGGACAGAGCACCCUGGCUGAGUGUUUGA